AUGGAGAUGAAUUCUCUGGGUGGCAGCAAGUAUCUACUGCUGAUCGUUGACGAAGCCAGUGGAUGCAUGAAGGGCUUCUGUCUACGUGUGAAGUCGGAGAGUGAAAACUACAUCACACGAUACAUCAAGAUGGUGCAAGCGCAGUUUGGCAAGAAGGUCAAGCUCGUCCGACAUGACGGAGCCCGCGAGUUCGCAACCAACUCGCUUCAAGAGUUCUACGAAGAUGAAGGCAUUGAGCAGCAGACGACGGUACCAUAUGCACACCAGACCAACGGCACGGCAGAGCGCGCCAUUCGAACUAUCAUCACAAUUGGUCGCAGCAUGCUCCACAAUGCUAAGCUGGAAAAGUGCUUCUGGGCCGAAGCAGCAAUGACGGCAAUCUACGUCUGCCGUCGCCUAAGUUAUGCACAAAACUCCGUUUACAUACUGACACCGAAGGAGAAGCGGCUCAAGUGGGACCCCAAGGCUUGCACUGGGAUAUUCUUGGGCUACGAAGAAGCAUUUAAAGCGUGUCGUGUUUAUGACAUCGAGGCGGGGCAGGUGGUCAUCAGUCGCGAUGUCAACUUUGACGAGUCCGCCUUUGGACUUUCGCCGCCAACCACCGCUGAAGACGUCGAUGACCUUGACUCCGACUCCCUCGAUCUGGAUGAUGAAGCGCCAGGUCAAGCGCAGUACAAGCAAACAGGCAACCGCAAGAGUCGUCCCCAUGAUGAAAGAGUACCAGCUCCACCCACGCGCACGGUGCGUCAACGGCCUGGACUAGAAGAAUCAAGUGCGCCAGACUCUCUACAUAAGGAUUGUGGAAGGGCAAUGCGUGCUGCUGCUGGUGUAUGUGGAUGA